AGAGACACGUUUAGAGCCGACUCUUCGUCCAGCCGCUCACUAGCCUCAAUAACAAAACUGCCUCGGACCGGAAGCGAAGCGCUCGUGCUCUCGGAUCUCAGGAGUCGUCAGUCCAGUGAGCCCAGGCGGCGGAGUCCCCGAUCCGAGUAGUCCAAGAUGCGGCCGCGGCUGGUGCUCUUCGGCGACUCCAUCACCGAGCAGUCCUUCGAAUACGGCGGAUGGGGCGCCGCCCUUGCCCACCGCUUCGCCCGCCAUGCGGACGUAGUGCUGCGCGGGCUCAGCGGGUACAACACGAGGUGGGCGCUCAAGGUGCUGCCGCGGGCCAUGGAGGGCGCGGCGGCCGCGGCCACGGACCCGGCGGCCGUGACCGUCUUCUUCGGCGCUAACGACGCCUCGUUGCCCGACCGGGCGCGGGCGCACCAGUACGUGCCGCUCGAGGAGUACCAGAGCAACCUCCGCGCCAUCUGUGGCUACUUCAAGGAGCGAUGGCCCUCCACUGCUAUUAUACUCAUCACCCCUCCACCAAUCUAUGAACCGGCGAGAAUCCGAGACAUCUAUGGAUGUGAUGAUCCUUCACGACAAGCAGAAAGAACCAACGAGGCUGCUGGCGCUUAUGCACGGGCAUGCCUAGCUGUUGCCAAAGAAUUGGGUCAUCCAGUUAUAGACAUCUGGACAAAGAUGCAGGAAUUUCCAGAUUGGCAAACAGCUGCAUUAAGUUCUAAACGAAAGUAGCAAGCAGUGGCAGACAGAAGAGGUAAAGUGACGGGCUUCACUUCACCCCAGCUGGAAACAAAAUUUUGUUCGACGAGGUGGUGAAGACACUGUCAGGUAUUGGUUUCAGCUAGGAGAGCCUCCCGUCGGAUCUCCCUCUCUUCCAUGAAAUCGACCCCACGGAACCCAUGAAAGCUUUUGGAGCUUGAAGAAGAUGCCUGCAUGAAUUGGCUCUUCACAAAUUAUGUAGCGGUCAACGUCUAUUCUGUACGGCAGUACGCACGGGACUUGUCCAUCUGAAGAUGCUUGUGUUCCUUGUGUCGCAUAAGAAACAAUCAUGGCAUUCCAUGAACCCCUUUCCGGAGACGGUGAAAAAAUAAAUUGAAAAUUUAGAUUGCU